UCACGUUCGGCUCUCCGACGGGGCGCAUGCGCAAACCGCUCCGGCGUGACACGCGUGUGCUGGUGAAGGAGGAAGUGUCCGGUGCGGUAUCACACCGGGGGGAAUCAGUCAUUAUAGAACCGAUCAUCUGACCCUCAAACAUGUCGUGGCUUUUCGGCCUCAAUAAAGGACAAGGCGGCGGCGCGAGCGCGGAUGUUCCGUUACCGCCUCCUCCUCCUCCUCCCCCGGCGGCAGCGGGAUCAGGGGGAAGCGGGGACAAACCCAAGGACAAAUGGAGCAACUUCGAUCCCACCGGGCUGGAGAGAGCGGCACAGGCCGCCAAGGAGCUCGACCGGUCCCGCCAUGCGAAGGAGGCGUUGGAUCUGGCGCGCAUGCAGGAGCAGACGUUGCAGAUUGAACAUCAGAGCAAGAUGAAGGAGUACGAGGCAGCACUGGAGCAGCUGAAGGGGGAUCAGAUCCGCAUUCAGGGGGAGGAAAGGAGGAAAACUCUGAAUGAAGAAACCAAACAGAACCAAGCGAGAGCUCAGUACCAGGACAAACUGGCUCGACAACGAUAUGAGGAUCAGCUCCGACAACAACAAGCUAUAAAUGAGGAGAACCUGCGCAGACAGGAGGAGUCUGUGCAGAAACAGGAGGCCAUGAGGAAAGCUACCAUAGAGCAUGAGAUGGAGUUAAGGCAUAAGAAUGAGAUGCUGCGUAUCGAGGCUGAGGCUAAAGCUCGCGGCCGUGUGGAGAGAGAAAACGCUGACGUCAUCAGGGAACAGAUUCGCCUUAAAGCAGCUGAACACAGACAGACUGUACUGGAGAGUAUACGAACUGCUGGUGCUGUGUUUGGGGAAGGUUUCAGGGCUUUUAUCUCUGACUGGGACAAAGUGACUGCUACGGUGGCAGGACUUACUCUGCUGGCCGUGGGUGUUUACUCAGCAAGAAGCGCCACAGCAGUGGCAGGGAGAUACAUCGAGGCUCGGCUUGGCAAGCCAUCUCUGGUGAGGGAGACGUCACGCAUCACGGUCACGGAGGCCAUCAAACACCCCGUCAAGAUGACCAGGAGGAUGAUGAGUAAACCCCAGGAUGCUCUGAAAGGAGUUGUGCUCAGUCCGUCGUUGGAGGAACGUGUCCGUGACAUCGCCAUAGCGACUCGGAACACCCGGCAGAACCGAGGUCUCUACAGGAACAUCCUGAUGUACGGACCUCCUGGGACGGGGAAAACACUCUUCGCCAAGAAAUUGGCAAUGCAUUCUGGGAUGGAUUAUGCCAUUAUGACCGGGGGAGACGUGGCCCCCAUGGGGCGGGAAGGUGUAACUGCCAUGCACAAAGUAUUUGACUGGGCCAGCACCAGCCGUCAGGGCCUGCUGCUGUUUGUGGAUGAAGCUGACGCUUUUCUGCGCAAGAGAUCCACUGAGAAGAUCAGUGAGGACCUGCGAGCCACGCUGAACGCCUUCCUGUACCGAACUGGAGAGCAGAGCAACAAGUUUAUGCUGGUUUUGGCCAGUAACCAGCCUGAGCAGUUUGACUGGGCCAUUAACGAUCGUAUCGAUGAGAUCGUAAACUUCGCCCUCCCCGGCCCUGAGGAGAGAGAGAGACUCGUCCGCCUUUACUUCGACAAAUAUGUCCUCGAGCCGGCCACCGGGGGGAAACAACGGCUGAAGCUGGCGCAGUUCGACUACGGAGUUAAAUGUUCGGAGAUCGCUAAGCGCACAGAGGGCAUGUCCGGUCGAGAGAUUUCUAAACUGGGUGUGGCCUGGCAGGCUGCCGCGUACUCCUCUGAGGACGGUGUUCUGACUGAGGCCAUGAUUGAUGCCCGUGUGGAUGACGCUGUCCAACAGCACAUGCAGAAGAUGGACUGGCUGCACGGGGAUGGAGUUCUGGAUAAUGAGGGACGGGCCGCUCCUGCAGACCAACAGGGGGGCAAAAGUGCCAAAAUGGGCAUCAUCCUGCCUCAGGGUUCGCCCCUGAAGGCACCCGAGGUUCUUUGCCCCUUAAAGGAGGCUCUGGACUCUACCACUCAACUGGCAGAGGAGGGGGGUAGCAGUGCUGCAGAAAAAGGGACUGUUCCAUUGGAAGGAGAGGGGGGAGGUAGACACAAAGAACAGAAGGAUGUACCACCUAAAGAUGGCACACCAGUUUGAGUUUUAUUAAGAACUGGUCCUGGGUCAGAUCAACUGAGCAGAGAUGAGAAACCUAAAUCCCCUGCUGACGCACAGGGGGAGUGUCCGAGGUCCAAUUAACAUGCAGCGUUUACGUUUAGGUAUGAGAUCACGCUCAGUGCAUCUGUACAGAUAUAGAUUAAAAAAAGAAAUUGGUGGUGUGUGUGUGUGUGUGUGUGUGUGUGUGUGUGUGUGUGUGUGUGUCUGUCCACAAUGGCUCCCUGUAGGAAAGUUAGUGCACCUUCAGGGCAGAACUGAUCCUCUAGACCACACAUUCCUCUUUCCAAAUUCAGUCUGGGUGAGAACAUAUACAUGUGUGCACAUCUCUGGUGUCAGCACAGAGGGCGCCAUUGUGCACAUUGUGUGUUUCAGGGUGUUUAACGAGAAUAAGAUGAGUAAAGGAAGAGAAAUGACACAAUAACGUCUGAUGUGUGUAAUUCGAGUCUGUGUAAAUGUCUCUCUGAUUUCCGUUAUAUGUCCAUUAAAACAUGUAUCACUGGAUCAUGAUUUACACGUGAUGAGAUGAAGAUAAACCAGAUUUCAUACGUAA